CCCGCGGCACUGGGUUGAGCGGCGGCGGCGGCGACGACGCGGGUCCGCGUGGGGCGGCUGCGGCAGAGCCCCCCCCCCCCCGCCAUGGAGCCGCAGGCACAGGGCUUGUUGGAAACCCAGUCUUUGCAUGAAGCAGAUGAAGACGUGGUCACUGAUGUUGAUUUCACCAAUAUGAUUUCUGAAGAGGAAAAAGAAGAGUUAAAGAUUGAGCUAGCCAAGCUAGAGGAUGAAAUUUCAACUUUGCGGCAAGUGCUAGCAGCCAAAGAAAAGCACCUGGUUGAAAUUAAACAAAAGCUUGGCGUAAGUCUGAUGAAUGAACUGAAGCAGAACUUUAGCAAAAGCUGGCAUGAUAUGCAGACAACUUCUGCUUACAAGAAAACACAUGAGACCCUGAGCCACGCAGGACAAAAAGCAACAGCAGCUAUCAGCAAUGUAGGAACUGCUAUCAGCAAGAAGUUCGGAGAUAUGAGAUCACAUUCAAUUGGUUACUCUAUUCGCCAUUCCAUAAGCAUGCCUGCGAUGAGGAAUUCUCCAACUUUCAAAUCGUUUGAGGAGAAGGUUGAGACCACUGUUACAAGCCUUAAGACCAAGGUUGGUGGGACAAGCCACACAGGGGGCAGUUUUGAAGAAGUUCUCAGCUCUACAGCUCAUGCCAGUGCUCAGAGCUCUCUUGCUGGCACUCGUCUCCCUGAGAGCGAAGAGGAGCUUCAGUGUUAGAACACAGGCCCUCCUAAACCUCAUAUGCCUCUUACCAGAGACUUGCCCAGCCAGUGAUUUUUAAACCUCUCACCACCCAACUUGUCAGCUUUGGAAAAUUGCCUCCUAGGUCUUGUGCUGGAGAAACAUUUCUUCUAUUUGUAUUUUGGAUGGGCCAUUUUAUCAUCAGGUACUUUGUAUACUGUAGAAACCAUGCACGACUCACUGACUUAAAAUUAUCUAAAUUCUUUGUCAAGUGACCAAAUUAACAGUUUUCAUUUUCACGUAACUUCCCUCCAAUAAUCUCCCAGUCUCUGUUUGUUACAUCUUUUGGUUUACUGUUUUCUACCUAUUAGUUUCCACUUCCCCUCUCAGUGCCACAUCAGACAGAGGGACCUAGAGCUGUGCUAAGAUUCCUGCUGCCAGCAAUGGUCCAUAUACCAGGUGUCUACCAGCCAUAUCAGGUGCCCUUUGCUCAGGAGUGUCUGUGCAUGAUCUGUUUCCUAACGGAAUUAAGUCACUUAUUGUCACAAUAAGUUUUUUCUCCUUCACUGGCAUAGUCUGGCAUUGCCCUCCACCCAUUGGUCAGCAAAGCUGAAGAGGGCAGGAAGAGACAGUCAUAUAGAAAUUGAACUGAUCACAACUGCCAAUUGAAGAUGAUCAUUGUAGCUGGAAAAGCUUCAGUUUAAAAAUACAUUCCAUCACUCACUUUCUGUGGCUUGGUAAGAUUUGACAGUAUAAGUUAAUUACAAAGGGCAGUAGAGUGUUGGGAACCUCUUAAUAAAUUUGCCUCCCAAUCUUCCCCUCAAAAAUAAGGGAAGGUGUAUUUUUUUUAUGAGCCUCAGUGAAGAUACAGCCUUAAGUGAAAGAAUACAGAACAACUGGCUAAAGCUGUGCCAUAGGUUAGAGAGCCUGUGACUUUGGUCCGCAUUUCAGAGCUGCCAGCAUAAACCCUGUUAUCUUACAAUACACAGGAUGAGUAGGUACUUCCCUUUUGGUGUCAAAUUUUGUUGUGCUUCACUCCAGGACGUGAUUCCUCCAACCGCAUUCUAUCUGCUUCAGCACCAAAAGCCAGUCAUCUCUCAGCUUUGCUUCAGCAUGUUUCUUGCAUCCUCUUAACAUUUUUUACUACAAAAAGAGCAGCGCCCUUGUGUCACUAUCUUGCUGUUGUCUAGUGAGCACGUGUCAGUCUGCAUGUUGCAUUACUCAGCUCACCAGACUGAGAUGAGCACAGCUUUAAAGAAGUAUAAACAAGAUGGAAAACUGUCUGGCUCCUUUCAAAGUGGAUGCAUUUUCUGAGCGUAAGCCAAAGCUUCAAAUCCGUGUUAGUGAGUUUGACCUUACAAACUGCUUAAAAUCUUGUGAGGAAACUUGGCUUUAAGUGAUUUUUUUUUCCUGUGUGGCUUUUGUUAUAGUUUUUACAGAGCUGGAAUUCCUUUAAUAAUGUUCUACUGGAGAUAAGUUAACCUUGGACAUUUAUAUCAAAUGCUUCCUUAGUGUGAUUUGUAUCAUGGAAGCAAAUCUAAUUAGUUUUCUAAUUAGUAGAGUUUUCUUGUGACAGUUUCCUAGCAUGUUUUAUGUGGUUUUGUGCACAAAUGUGAAUUUAUUUAAAUAAAGAAGAUAUUAAUGGUCAGCUUAGUUUGUGUAAAUGAAGUUAUUGAUAUUCUUAUUAAAAAUAAAUUUCUCUUA